AACUACGAGUAACCUGUGUGCACAGCUGAAAGCCUCAGGAGGAGUUCAGCAGGAUGAAGCCUGUCAUUGUGGUGCAUGGUGGAGCUGGCCGGAUCUUUAAAGAACGAGAAGAGGGAAGUCGUGCUGGUGUUGUCAGAGCUGCGCUGCGAGGUUAUGGUAUCCUGAAACAGGGAGGCAGUGCCUUAGAUGCAGUUGAGGAGGCAGUACAAUCAAUGGAGGAUGAUCCUCAUUUUAAUGCAGGCUGUGGAUCUGUUCUAAAUGAAAAAGGUGAAGUAGAAAUGGAUGCCAUUAUAAUGGAUGGAAAAAAUCUAGACUCUGGAGCAGUAUCUGCAGUUAAAUGUAUAGCAAACCCAAUAAAACUUGCUCGACUUGUCAUGGAAAAGACAAAGCAUAUGCUGCUGACUGACCGUGGUGCACACCUGUUUGCCCAGGCCAUGGGUAUUCCUGAGACUCCAGGGGAGAAACUCAUAACUGAGAGAUGCCGGGAGAGAUGGAAGAAGAACCUUGAGCCAGAUUCCAACCCUGAAGAGUUUCAGAAAGACCUUGGAACAGUCGGUGCUGUUGCUAUAGACAGUGACGGAAAUGUAGCUUGUGCAACAUCCACUGGAGGACUCUCUAAUAAACUGAUUGGCCGUGUUGGUGACACAGCAUGCAUAGGAAGUGGAGGUUAUGCUGAUAACCGUUCUGGUGCCACUUCAACCACAGGACAUGGGGAGAGCAUUAUGAAAGUGGUCUUAGCCCGACUGAUCCUCUAUCACAUGGAGCAAGGAAUGUCACCAGAGAUGGCUGCUGACACUGCAUUAGACUACAUGAAGACACGAGUUGGGGGGUUGGGGGGUGUAAUUGUUGUUAACAAUUCAGGAGAGUGGGCAGCAAGGUUCUCCACCAAGCAGAUGUCCUGGGCUACUGUAAAGGAUGACCAGCUGCAUUAUGGGCUUUAUGCUGGGGAGAGGUAUACAAAAUCUGUUGAUGAAGCACUUAUAUCUGAAAGUGAGGGAUUCUGAGAAUGAAGAAACAUAAACGGAGAAAGAAUAAACAUCUCCCAUUUUUGUUGGA